AUGGCCUUUCGAACUCACGAAGGACAUUACGAGUUCUUGGUGAUGCCAUUUGGAUUGAUGAACACACCCUCCACCUUCCAAAGUCUUAUGAAUGAG